CGAAUCGGCGCAUGUGCAGAAGACUACCCCCGGUUUCUGCCAUGGUAACGGAUCGCGGAGACUGAGGCUACGGUGGGGAUAGUGCGGGGACAUGCAGCAAGAGAAGCAUAAAUCAAUGGAGGACACCUGGAAGACCGAGGAGCUGAAGAGGCAGUUAAAGUCUGAAUCUUCUAAUGAAAAGAGACAUAAAGAAAGGAGACCUCAAAGAGAGGAAGAUCGAGAUGAGCAUGCAGACCGCAGACACAAGUCUGAACGGAAAGAAAGAGACCGACGCAACGAGAGUGACAGGCAAACAGAAAAAAGAGUGAGACAUGGCUAUCCUGACAAAGAGAGGGGAGAGAGACCUGACAAUCCUGAUAGUGAGAGACGAGAGAGAGGAAAAUAUCCUGAGAGUGACAGACCUGCUGAUAAAGAGAGGGACAGAGUUCGAGAGCAUCGCAGGGAAAAGGAAAAACCAAGGGACACAGAAAGACCUCAGGUAUCUGAAAGACACAGAACUGGGGAGAAAGAAAGGAUGAAAGAGAAAACACACAGAGGGGAAAAUUCUGCUAAGGACAAUGGGACAUCAGAGCUGACCAAGGAGGAGAGGAUGGUGAGAGAGAGUCUGGAAAAAAGCAAACGCAGAAGUGAAGAUCGGGAAAGGCGACAUCAAGAAAAACGAGAAAAAGAAAAGAGAAAGCAGGAGAAUGAAGAAUACAAAGAUCGAGAUAUCAGAAACCUGAAGCAGCAAGAAGAUUUAAUUGGUGGAGAUCGUGAGAGGGAAAGGAGGAGUGGAGAUCGAAAACACAGCAAAGAUCCUGAUGGUGAUAAAAGGCAUCAUACCAAGCGUGAAAAGGAGGUACGAGGUAGCACAGAGGUGAGGUUUGCUGACGACUCUGUGCAAAAUGUGGACAGGAGGAAAGAGAAGCAUUCUAAGGAGAGGCAUUCACAGAAGGAAGACAGAGAAAGAAGACCCAGAGAAAAGAGCGAGCAUAAAGAACGUGAAAAGAAGACUACAGAUAAUGAGGAAAAGCGAGUACGUCACAAACGCUCCAUUGAAUCCAAUCCAAAGCAAGGAAGUGAUAAUGAGAAGGACAUUGAAGAGAUAAUUCAGAGCUCAGAUGCACCAUAUGAUGAUUCCACUAAUUACGAAGAGGAUUUUGAUGAUUAUGAUGAUGAUGAUUUUGAAGAGGCCAGUGAAGCGAGUACACCAUUAGAAGAGCAGCCACCAGUUCAGAGAAACAACGAGUUAGAGGAGAUUCAAAAGGCCAUGCUCCUGGAGAAUGAAAACAUAACUCCAGGCCCAGCUGUACACCAACAGAAAGUCCAUGACCAUCAUGAUCAGGACCUAGAACCUAGAGAGUUAAAUUCCAGUAGGAAGGCUCAUAGAGGAGUAUUUAUAGAUUUUGGAUCUGCAAAGCAACGUCAAGUUAGCAGCCAAAUGGCAAACAAGCAAAAGAAACGAAGUUUGGAAAUUCUCCGGCUCAUUGAUUUGGAUUUUUCAUCCACUUUCUCUUUGUUGGAACUGGCCCCUGUUAAAGAAUAUGAGAUGUACAUCCGCAAUUUUGGAAAGAGCAACACAAAGCAGGCUUACAUCCAAUGCAAUGACGAUGCUGUUGACAGAGACAUUCAAACAGAAGAAAUAGAUAUUGAAGAAAAAUGGACUCAACAUCCGGCAGAGGGAGCUGUUGUAUGUGGAGGUCACAAAAAUGAUUCACAGGGGAACAUGGAGCUUAAAUCCAAAGUUGAUUCUCAGCGGCUGACAGGUUUCCUUCGCUCUGCUGCUCAAGUCAUGGCUGUCUUGCUUGAAGAGAAUCGUUCAGAGUACCAGUCUCGAAGCAAAGUUCACUCUAAAGAGCCCUGCAUGUCCAUCAGUGAGGACUGCUUCCAUUUAAAUACCAACCUGCCAUUUCUUCAAGGGCGGAAGGUUUAUCAUUUGCAGUUUUCUGAGGCACAGAGACAUUUGUUACUUUCUGUGCACAGUCAGAGCAACAAAUCCAUUUCUGCCUUCCUGAGUGACCAGUAUCUUAUCUGUGUGUGGAAUAUAUGGCAGCCUUCUUCUCCACAGAACAUUCUCAUGUGUGAGUCCGAGGUGAAAUGCUGUUGUUUUAGCCCUGGUAAAGCAUCUCUGGUGUUUGCUGGUACAGUAGAUGGUUCUGUAUUAGUAUGGGACCUGCGAGAGGACUUCAGUAUGCAUCAAACUUUAACGAUAGAAGAUGUUACCUGGACAUUCAGAUCUGUGACAUUUUCUACUGAUGGUGUUUUCAGUUAUGUGAAUCACACACACCAGGUAAAGUCCAUAGAACCUGUUCCAACUGCAGAAGCAAAGGAGCCAGGGAUAUCUGCAUUAUCCUCUCAAGGAGAAGAGGUGUCUGGUUUGUCAUUUCAACUAGCAUCUUUAGAUGAAAAUGGCUAUUUAAUCUUUUGGGUAGUUGUGGAACUGAGAAAAGUAGACCUAGCUGGAUCUCAGAGUGAUUUGGGUUUGAUUCCAGGAGGAAAAGUGAAACUAGUACACAGUUCAUCUAUAAAUCUUAUUGACAAAUUUUUUCACAAAGAUGUUCUGACUCUGGGAUCCCCUGAAACUAUGAAUAUUAAGUUCCUUCCGCAAGACUCGAACCAUUUUGUCAUUGGAACAGAUAUUGGAAUAGUAACCCACGGAACAAGGUAUGGAUUGAUAGAACCGCCAGUACAAUACUCAUCUCUGUACAGCAAGCUAAGGCCAUCAAAGGUCACUGCAAUUGAUUUCUCACCGUUUGCAAUGCCAGCAUUUUUGGCAGGAUGUACAGACGGCUGUAUACGGUUACACACAAUGAGUGCGGAGUAUCCAGUAAUGCAGUGGAAUGAUACUACUGGUGGCCAGUCCAUUAUUGCACUACAAUGGUCAUUGACAAGACCAACCAUGUUUUUUGCCCUGGAUGCAGCAUCCUCUAUCCACAUAUGGGAUUUGUUACAAAAUGAUUUACAGCCAAUUGCCAAAGAAUCUAUCACAUCUGACCAGGUACUGAGUAUGUCAGUUUUCGGUGAACCAGAAAAAAACAAUAAUGUGAUGGGUCUGGCUUUAGCCAAAGCAUCAGGAACAGUGGAGAUCCAAUAUAUAAAGAAGAAGUGGGCCAAGCCGCAGCCAAAGGAGUUAGAAAAACUUCAAUUAUUUUUGCAGGAGAUUCUGUAAAUGUAAAAUAGCGGUAUUUGUAUUCAUUGUAAUGGAUUGCCUAAUGUAAAUUGUUUAUCUAUUUUUAUACUGAAUGAUAUUUUUUUUGUACAAGCACUUUGUUACUCUAAUAGUUAUAUGCACUUGGCCAUUGAUUGGUUAAAGUAACUCCUCCUUUUGACAGUUCUAGGAUACAAAGGUUUGCUCAUCUUCUUCUGUGCCCCGUAUUUCUGCUUCUUAAUUAAUAUUGCAAUUAUUUACGGUCUUCUUUCUUAUGUGUCUUAGGGACUCCAGCAGUGAGAUAUCGGCACCAAAGCUCCCAGCUCUGCACAAUUAAUAAUGUCAUUAGAAUGAAUCUCACUCCCACUGCUGAUUUUUGCCUUUAUUUUACAUUACAAUAAAUGCAGAAAUGUCAGUUGUGCCUCCAUGCUGUGUAUAAAAAAAUAAAUAAAUAAAUAAAACAUAACAGAUAAAACGUGUCUUCAAGAUAGAAAGAAAAAAAAGUAAAAAAAAAAAGGGGGUUUGGGUAUUUUCAGAUUCAUAGUUACCUGGCUGGAUACUGCAUCUGUCCCCCACUGGCUUUGACACUGAGAACCGAGCGAUCAAACACCGCCAAUCGCUCUGUUCUCAGAGCUGCCUGAGCAGGGAGCUGGUCAGUUAGUGAGGCAGCAGCUCUCUGCUCUAUCCCGCUCACUGGAGCACGGGGCUGUGGAUGUGGGGCUCAAGCGGCCAAAUCAGGCUCUCAGUGGCUUACUGAGAGGCUGAGCCAGGUGCCUGUCCAGGGAUGUGGGGGGAUCCUGACCAUAUGGUAGUGAUUCUUCCCAAGCCUGGACUGGCUUGGUGAUGUCAGCUGACAGCUUCAGCUCGCUGUCUGCUGAAAACGGGUCACAGGAAUGCAGAAGGAACUGCACUCCUGUGUUCCACAGAAGUACAGCCAAACAGCCAAAAAACUCUUCAUGGGCUAUGGAGGCAGACUAAUAUGUGAAACUGUAUUAAAAAGUAUAAUUUUAUUUUAGACAAAUUCAUUAAAAGACAUUUGUUCUAGUAACAAGAUAUUCUAGCAAAUGAACAUGCAUAUGUGGGCAUAGCAUCAUAACAUAACACCUAGAAUACCCUGCGCACAUCAGAUACAACCAAGGGGCUACCUGUGUUCAACUCCAGGUCAGCUCCAAUGAAUAGUUGCGCUGAAACUUAACAUGUUUCAGACUUGUAAUCCUUCCUCAGGGGAUAUAUUGGGAAUUUUUGCUUUUAAAACAUAGAUACAUAAUAAGCCUACAGCUUAUACAUAGGUCAUAUUGUAUCUUGCAUAACACAGGCUGCUGUUAAUACUUACAGAAGUCCAUCAUAAAGACACGUAUGGUUAAUAAAAUCACAUAUAUUCCUGCUCGAUGGGAUAGCCACAUGGAACUGUCCCCUGGGGAGGUGAAAAGGAUUCACCAAAUGGCCAGAAGUGCAUACACAAGGAUUCCAAAUGGGGCAAAGUAGCCCCUAGCAGCGAGCCUAGGAUCAUACAAAAACUUGCAUUACCUGGAGCAUAAAAGAAAAAAA